CAGCGACUCCCCCCCCAAAUCGCCUUAUGGUUUAGACUUGAAGGGUUUUUCCAUGUCUGCGGGAAUUUAUAACGGCAGACGCACUGAGAGACAAGCACCCGGAGUAAAAAGGCAUUUUUCAUCGUGAAUAUUUUGCUACAGUUGAAGAUACGAGGCUCUUCUAUCAAAUUAAAGACAGACAUCGUCCCCCGGUCCUGUGGUAAAGGUCUUUCUGCCGUCCAGUGACGGGUUUUUCCUCUCAGCUGUUGAGUUUAAUGAGGAGAGGAAGCAAAGAUGCCUAAGCCGAUCAAUGUCCGUGUGACCACCAUGGAUGCAGAGUUGGAGUUUGCAAUCCAGCCAAAUACCACAGGAAAACAGCUGUUUGACCAGGUGGUAAAGACUGUGGGCCUGCGAGAGGUGUGGUUCUUUGGACUACAGUAUGUGGACAGUAAAGGCUACAUCACAUGGCUGAAACUCAAUAAAAAGGUGACCCAGCAAGAUGUAAAGAAAGAGAGUCCUCUGCAGUUUAAGUUCAGAGCCAAGUUCUUCCCUGAAGAUGUCUCAGAGGAACUAAUCCAGGAGAUCACCCAGAGACUCUUCUUCUUGCAGGUGAAAGAGGCCAUCCUGAAUGAUGAGAACUACUGUCCCCCAGAAACGGCUGUGUUGCUGGGUUCAUACGCUGUCCAGGCCAAGUAUGGAGACUAUAACAAAGAGGUGCACAAGGCUGGGUACCUUACUCAUGACAGACUGCUCCCUCAGAGAGUCCUGGAGCAGCACAAGCUGACUAAGGAGCAAUGGGAGGACAGGAUACAGACCUGGCACGAAGAACACAGAGGAAUGCUCAGAGAGGACUCAAUGAUGGAGUAUCUUAAAAUCGCCCAAGACUUGGAGAUGUAUGGAGUCAACUACUUUGAGAUUAAAAACAAGAAGGGCACACAGCUAUGGCUGGGCGUGGAUGCUCUUGGACUCAACAUCUACGAACACGAGGACAAAUUGACACCAAAGAUUGGAUUCCCCUGGAGUGAGAUUCGAAACAUCUCUUUCAAUGACAAGAAGUUUGUCAUCAAACCCAUCGACAAGAAAGCACCUGACUUUGUGUUUUAUGCCCCACGUCUGCGCAUCAACAAGCGCAUUUUGGCAUUGUGUAUGGGUAACCACGAGUUGUACAUGAGGAGAAGAAAGCCCGACACCAUCGAGGUGCAGCAGAUGAAAGCUCAAGCCCGGGAGGAGAAGCACCACAAACAGAUGGAGAGGGCCCAGCUGGAGAAUGAAAAGAAGAAGCGAGAGCAUGCAGAGAAAGAGAAGGAAAGGAUAGAGCGUGAGAAAGAAGAGCUCAUGGAGAGGCUGAAACAGAUUGAAGAGCAGACGAUGAAAGCUCAGAGAGAGCUUGAGGAACAGACUCGCCGCGCCAUGGAGCUCGAGCAAGAAAGAAAGAAAGCGAGGGAGGAGGCUGAGCGGCUGGAGCGAGACAGGCAAGCAGCCGAGGAGGCCAAGGCGGAGCUGGCCAGACAGGCUGCAGACCAGCAGAAGACUCAAGAGCAACUGGCUUCUGAACUGGCUGAAUUCACAGCAAAGAUCUCUCUCCUAGAAGACGCCAAGAGGAAGAAAGAGGAUGAGGCCACAGAGUGGCAGCACAAGGCUCUGUCAGCCCAGCAGGACCUGGAGAAAACCAAGGAGGAGCUGAAGACCGCCAUGACAGUGGUGCCAGCGCCUCCGGGCGGUCAUGCUGAGAACGAGCACGAUGAACACGAUGAGAACCACGCAGAGGCCAGCGCCGAGCUCUCCAAUGAGGGCGUCAGUCAUGUUGACCUCCGCAGCGAAGAGGCUCGCGUCACUGAAGCACAGAAGAAUGAGAGGGUUAAGCAGCAGCUGCAGACAUUGAGUUCAGAGUUGGCCGAAGCCAGAGACGACACCAAGAAGACCCAGAACGACGUGCUGCACGCCGAGAACGUGAAAGCAGGCCGAGACAAAUACAAAACUCUGCGGCAGAUCCGACAGGGCAACACGAAGCAGCGCAUCGACGAGUUCGAGUGUAUGUGAGAACAGCACCUCAGGGUUACCCCGCUCUCCUUAACGGCUGCUUGAUUUUUUUUUUUUUUUUUUUUUCUUCUUCAUGGACAACUGACGCUUCCGUCCUCGUAAGCCUAUCGAGUCUCCCUCAACACCCCCCCCAACACCCAGGCUGUCUCAAGAAAUCUUCUUAUCCAAUUUUGCCAAAGUCCUGCUCCACUUCCUUAUCUGAGUUUGGAUUUCUCCCUGAUGUGGAGCUGCAUACACGCCACUCUGAACAAGCAAAUUAUCGUGUUGGAGAGAUCAUCUCCAUCUCUUACUCGAAUGGGGGAAGUGAAACUGUAAAAACCAAAAAUGGAAGCAGUUGGAAUUUUUUUUUUUUAUUUUUUUUUGGGUAAACAUGGCCAUAGAGCGAUUUUGUUGUUGUUUUUUUCUUCUUUCGCUUGAAAACUUUGUAUGCAAAGCUUUAGUAUGAUUCUAUGUUUCCAGUUAAAAGAUCUUCUGUCCUCUUCUUGUUUUUACGUUUCUUCCUUCUGCUUUUGUUUGACUCGUUUUAUUGAUGAUGCCCAUCCUUUUAGUUGUCUGUUGAGGCCGGGUUUAACCCCAGGUUUCCAAAUAAGGACUGGAGUUUAGGGACAAAUUGGGUUAUUGUUUUCAUUCAGUGUCAAAGCACUUCUAUAUUAGCAUGUCAAAGCAUAUCACCUGGUAGAUGUUCUAACACUCUCACCAUCUCUAAGUCGUUAGAGAGAAUUUAACUCUACUUACUAAAGUCAAACUAUAGUUUAAACAUGACAUUUAUAGAUUUAUACAAAAAAAGAUAACACUGCAGUAUUUUAAUAGUGUCAUUACAGGCUAAAAUCAAUAAUUGUAAUUUUUGAUAUAAGAUAUUUCUGUGAAUAAAAUUGAACUGACCCUCGUAGGGCAAAGAGCCACCCAACUUGUCACAUGGCAGGUUUUGACGAACGAAUGUAGCAAAGGUAACAAAGGGAAAAACAAAAUGUUUUUCUUUAAAUUUACAGAAGUCAUAGGAUAUCAACUUGUGCCACUUUGAGCUCUCGCCCUCAAGCUUAAAAGUAUUGUGAAUAUAAGCUAAUUGGUAGUGUAGGCGUUGCGUCCCAGUGUUUAAUUCCCAGUCACCAUAGAUGGUUUUCUCUGCCUGCCAGCUCACAGAGGAUCCCAGGGACCGAAAAUAAGGACGGGCAGAGGAACCGCACUGCAGCCGAGCCUUUUCUCCGUCUGUCCAAUGGGGGGUGUGUGUGUGUGUGUGUGUGUGUGUGUGUGUGUGUGUGUGUGUGUGUGUGUGUGUGGCUAUGGAAGCUGAGGCCUGGCACCUCUCUGGCUGGGGAGCUUAUGAAAACAUCUGUCUCAGUUCGGGACAAAUCUCUACCUCAGUAAUAAUAACAUUGGUGACUGACAGUCAAACACUUAGGAUGCUCCCUCCCUCCCAAAAUAAAAUUAGAAAAAAAUGAACAAAAAUAAUUUUACUUGGUUACUGUUACAUUUUGCGGCAUUGCUCCCGGGCAGGCUACGUGUUGUCAGUUACUUUCUGGCUGUAUUUUGGUUACGAUUGCUUGAAAAUAUUGAGGAUUCCUGUGAAAUCUGGUUAGAAAAGUGUUAUUUUUUACAUAUCAAGCUAGUUUUACACAGCAGUUUCUCCUGGCCUUGCUCAGAUGUUUGUUUGUUUUUUGUUUAUUGCUUUUUGUUUCCCCCCCCCCAAAAAAAAACUCCCAAAAAAUGAGGAAGAUGAGUGAACAAAUGCUGCUGAUAAAGGUGUGCUCUGUGCAGAGCGUAGGUCAGUCUGCCAGGGUCCAUUGAAGCAUUCAGGGUCUUCUUAGAAGCGGCGAGCGAUGGUGGGCUCGGUCCACAGAACCACUCUGAACUCCAGAGGUUUUAAAAGGCUCUCGUGAGUUAAAGAAGCCCAAAAUGUUGACUUCAAGGAGACAGUUUCAGGAUGUGCAGCAGAAUAAUGGGACUGAGAUGAUUUACUGGAAGCUCUUAGUGCAAACAGACCUCGCUAUCAUGACUCAUGGAAAUCAAGUAGAGGGUAGGUCAAAAAUUCCCUGAACUCUUUCAAUUCAUAUCCAACAUAAGACAACAAAUGGAGUCCAGCUUUUGUGGUGUGGGAAACAUGUUCCAGGGUGCAUUUUUGAAAUGAGUAAACAUUAAUUUUAUUUUGUUUUUGUUUUUUUAUUAACAAUAUGAUGAAUAUGUUUAUAGUAUGUUAUUGCUAUACUUGACAGCUGGUGUAGGUAGUUUUUCAGGAGGGGGGGGUUUGUUUUGUUUUUAAUGCCCUGGAGUUUUGACGGUAACGCAUUUGUAUGACAUAAGCCUGUCUUUUGUGUUUAACUUCAGUGUCCAUUGUUACUAUUGUGUUUGCCAUAGCAGGUGAAAGAAAUGAUCCUGCGCUUCCAGCCCAUAUUUUUUAUUUUUUUUUGGUAAUGUGUUCAAAGACCGUAAAGCAGCAGCACGCAUUGUGUAUUGGCCAGCUUCACUGGAGGGGAAAACUCUUGCUGACAUCUCUCCCCCCACCCUCCACAUCGAUGCUACAAGGCUUCAGUUUGACUGUUUUUCUUCACAGCAGCAGUUAUUGGCGCAUCUGUCCCCUCCAAUGAAGCCGGUGUCUGUGAUGACGCCUGCUCUGGCACCAGCUGUCAUGUUUUGCUUUGCUUUUGUUUUGGAGUCCCCCCUCCUCCUCAUCCUUAUGUUCAUGUUAGUACUCCGUAAGAUAGAAGGCACAAGUGGAUUUUGGUCUAUUUCAUUGGUUCACAAAUAAAAGUUUUAAAUUUUCA